AUGACGAUGACGCAAAAAUACGGCAAGGACAAGUCAGAAGACAAUUAUCGACGUGCGGUUGCGCUCAUCAAGGAGAAGCUUCCAUCGAUGAGGAUCCUCAACGCCCUGUUGAUGAUAAAUCUUGGGAAAGAGGAAGACAUUUUGGUGGAUGCUCGUCAAACUCCGCCAGUUUUGCUACUUGAGACAACCGAAGAGCCAGACUGCCGCUUUCAAACCAAACCAGAAUACUUGAUUCAGUUCUCACAAGGAAAGCUCGAGCCACGAUAUGCCUUGUUCAAAGAUGCAUUUUUCCAUGAAGCAAGUAUGCCCAAAGGCGACAUCUGCGUCGCCAUAAAAUUUGGAGAUUUAUUAUGCCCCAUCAGUCCAGUUCCUCCCAAAGUGCUUCCCGUCGCAAGUCUUCCAACACCAACGGAGGAUCUCGAUCGUGUGAGAGCCGAUAUCGCGGAAUUCGGCUACGGCCUUGUCAAAGAUGCACUUGCGCCGGAGCAAAUCGCAACCCUCAAAAAGGCCGUACUGGAGCAAGCAGCAGGGGAGGUCGCGGCAGGCGUCGCGGCGAAAGAUGGCGGACCAAAUGCACCAAACCAGCGUAUAUGGACGCUCAUCAACAAGGGGCAAGAGUUUAUAGAUCUCCUUCAACACCCGCUUAUUGAUGAGAUUGUCCCGGAUUUCCUCGGAGAGCACGCCUUAAUACAUAGCUAUAGCGCCAAUAUCGCUCGACCUGGGAACGUUCCCAUGCAACUACACACUGAUCAGGUUGCAAUUCAACCCCCCAACGUGACGGCUGAGAAUGGUGGGACUCGAGUUUACCCCGGGUCCCAUCUGGGACAUGUCGCGCCUGAUGAUAUCUUUGACCUGAAAGACUCGGUUGCAGCACAGGGACCUGCGGGGACAGCCCUUGUGUUUGAGAGUCGUCUGUGGCAUGCGACUGGUCCGAAUAUUCAACAGACAGGAGAAAGACCGGUCAUCUUAAUGUUCUUUAUGCGGUCGUUUAUUCGCCAACAAGAGAACAAUUUUCUCUCCCUUCGUGAAGAUGUUGAGAGAGAUCUUCCGGACAAAGUCAAAGCCAUGUUGGGAUUUUGCACGACUGGAGCGCUGGGUGGCGUGGAAGGCGAUGUUCGAGAAGGCCAGAUGGUCAAAAGGUUGAAAAAUCCGGUUGGCGCGCUCCGUAAAACUACCAAUGUUUGA